AGCUACCGAAACCAAGUUUCUUUCUAAUACUUUCAGGCCAAUUGAUUUUUAUCUAUGAAUUGUUGCUCGAAUUGUUGUUAAUGUCUUCGCGAGGAGCCAGUUGCGUCGGCAGGUAAAACAUCAUGAAUUUAAAUCGCUUAAUUUUCAUGCAGACCCAUUUUAUCAAAUGCAAGAUUUUCAUAACAAUGUAAUCAAUAACAACAUCGCUCUACUAUCUACGUUUGAAGUGAAAAGUGAUAUUUCCAAUUAUUAUAAAAAAAAGAAAGAAAAUCAAACUUGGUCUGGCUGUACAAAGGAUUCUUCGCUAUCUACAUGCCUUCAAGUGUCAGAAUUUAAAAAAAAUAUAAUUCACAGUUCAUUCUGGGCUUUCGCUAUAAUACCCUGUACAAUGGCAGAGAAUUUUACAUUUUAAAAUUUUUUCAUCUCUCUUUUUGUUUGCUCUUGUGUAUGUACUCUUCGGUAAGAAAAAAGAGAAUAAUUUCUGCAAGCACCUAAAAGUUGGCUUCCUUACUAUUAGAAAAUGAGAAAAUUAUUUAGUUUUAUUCAAGAAUUCGUUGCAAAAGGAGAACACCGGUUAUUUAAAAUUAUUUAUUACACAAAGAGAAAUUUUACCUGAGAAGAGUGUACAGAAAAAAUGGGUACAGUUUUAUAAAAAGGACAUUUUACUCAUUUUAUCCUUAAAAUGCGCAAAUAACAUAUCAAUUAAAUAAGGGUAACAAAUAAAACGAAACAAAAAAAUAAAAGUUCAGUGACAACAACAAUUGAAUGAAAAAUGACGUAAAAAAAAAAUUGUAAACUGCUUUUUUAUGUGAUUAAGUUCGUUUCAUAUAUAGUGACAAGCAGCAGCAUUGAUUGUAUGGCUUCUUGCAGUUCUGACAUUUUAAAUUUGUUUCUUCACUAGAAGCUAAGUUCAGCUAUGUGCAAUUUCUGUUAAAGUUUAAAUAUUUAAUUAAAAUUUCUGUUAAAGUUUGAAAAUUCAAGUAAAAUCUCUGUUGAACAUAAGAAGAUAUUGCAAUUGUUAGCCUAAAGAGAGAAAGAGAGAGAGAGAGAGAGAGCGUGUGCUUUAUUGAAAAACAUCAUGGAAUUUAUAUUUGAAUGUUUUUACGAGGAUACUUUGGAUAAACUUAGCCGAAGUGGUUUACAGGAUCGUUCCUCUAGACGUGAUGUUUUAGAUCAUUUAAAUGCAAUUAUCGGUGGUUGUAGCGAUGGGCAAAACAUGUUACCCGAAGAAGUGGCACGUAUCGCUGUUUUGGCGGCCGUACGUUAUCAUCGUGAUAAAAAAGAUGCCAAUGGCGAUGUUUGCUUAAUGGGCAAAUUUCACAACAUUUUAUAUAUAGCAUUACGUACUUGCUGGGAUUGGGGUGUACGCGACUCGGCCGUGGUCGUUGUUUUGUUAGAGGAAAUUUAUGCAUGCGAGAAAACAUUUGAGCGCAUAUUCCUUGGCGCUUUAUUCGGACCACAUGCUCCACAUUUUAUAGCUGGUUGGCGUAGCGAUUUUCGUGAUCAGGAUGAGAACACCAGAGCCAUGGUUUAUUUUUUACAUCAUGCAACAAGUCUUGAUAUGACACUACCCGUUUGGAUAGCACGUUACGAACAGGAACGCAUGUUAAAAUUUAUUGAUAUCCCUAUUGAAUCUUGUGGACGUUCCUCACCGUUACGUGUUGCCUUGCAAGCCAGUGCUCCCGAUUUAUUAUUAAUACUUUUAAGAUAUGGUGCUGAACCGAAUCCUCCGGAUGGUGGUAGCUCUGCUGUUUUAGCUUUGCUUGAUAAACUAACCGAAAAUGGUCGCAAUUAUCUUUAUCAGAAUGUGUCAUGUUUGCAAAUAUUACUACGUAAUAUACCGCUUGUAGAAAUGCCAUACAAGCCCAUUAUCUACAGCACGAGGCGGGAAAUGUUUUUUGAACGUUACGGUCGGCUAUUGAUUGAUAAAAUUUUAAAAAAGGAACAAGUUUACGGUGUUAUGUCCUUGCGUCAUCUAUGUCGUUGUCGCAUACGUGAUUUGUUACGCAGUAAUGGACAAUUACCUGAAGGCAUUGAUACAUUACGUUUACCGAGACGUUUACAGCGCUAUAUUGAUUUAAUGGAAGAAAUUGAAGGACCUGAAACGAGCAACGAUGACGGCAACGACGACGUCAAGGACUUGGUUAAACAGGUUGCUAUGCGAAAACCAAAAAAACCAUUAAAAUACUCUGCCAACAACCUUGCUUCUGUAGGAGACAAUCAAAAUGUUACUGCACCCGUUAUAACUAUCACAAGUGCCGAGAGAGAUGUUGAUAGUAUGGAUGGAAAUAAUGACAGCAGCCAUAACCGUAAUAGCAGUAAUAGCAGCAGCAAUACUGGUAGUAGUAGUAGUAGCAGUAACAGUAAUGGUAGGGUUAGCAAUGUGUGUGUAACGGAAGGGGAAAAUACAGCGGGCACAGUUUUGGAUAAGCCAUUGGAAAUUUGAGUAACAAAGGGCAAAGUUGUUUUUCCAUUUACUUAUUAUUAUUCUUUAAUAUUAUCAGCGCCUCGUCAAAGUUUUUCUCUAACCAGACCGAGAACAAUUAAAUUGAAUGGUAAAAUAUUGAAGUUCUAGCAGUAAUAGUGGUAGUAGUAGUAGUAGUAGUAAUAGUAGUAGUAGUAGUAACAGCAAUAGUAUAUUUUUGGUUUAUUAAGUGGGGGGGCCGUGGGGGCGUGUAGGUUUCUAGUAAAUUGGAGAGAUUUGAAAUAUUUUGGUUUU